CCCAACAACAUAUUUUUUCUUUUGACCCUGAAUUAUUCUCUGUUCAAACACUUGCUUAAGAGCUAGCAAUUGCAGCAUAGGUAGACGACAGUACAAAGUCGACGGAAGACAGCGAUGCAUGGUGGACGACAACACAAAGUAGAGUCAACAACAGCUCUUUACGACAACGGUGGUACAGACGACGAAGAAGAAUCAAGGUAUUGCACUUUUGAUUGCUACUCCACGGGAUAAAAACAUAACGGGAUUUGGAUCUAUUUUGGGCAUCUUUUGUCUUCCCCUUUUUCUGCCUUAAAUUUGCCUCUUAAAUAUGGACCACUUUAAGAGUAACCCUUUAACUUUGGUUGAUGAUCUUGCAUCUGAAACUCCUGGUCCAUCUGAAAGUGCUACCAGAAAUAAAAAAGAAGUUUCAAAUAUUUGGAAUUUUUUCACAAAAAUAGGAAAAGAUGAGGAUGGCAUUGAAAAGGCUGCAUGUAAGUAUUGUGGCAAUAACUACAAAGUUGGAAAACACCCUGUUACUAAAAAUAAUUAUGGAACUUCACAUUUAAGUCGACAUGUCAAUGCGUGUAGAAGUAUUGCAAACUUAGAUGCGGAUAUGAAUCUUUUCCAAGAAGGAAAGUUUGGGACACGAAAAAUCAAUCAAAAGAUUCAUCGUAAGUUACUUGCAAGAGCCAUAAUUAAACAUAGUCUCCCUUAUAAUUUUGUUGAAUAUGAAGGAAUCAGGGAGUGGAUAAAAUACAUUAAUCCGAAUGUUGACAUGAAAUGUAGGAACACUACUGUAUCAGAUGUGGAAAAGGAAUACAUUGAACAAAAGGAUAAAGUUAAGCAAAUCAUGUCUAAGAUUCCUAAUAGAAUUUGUUUAACCUCUGAUGUUUGGACUGCAGUUACUUCUGAGGGAUAUAUUUGCCUAACUGCACACUUUGUUGAUGAAAACUAGAAAUUGACAAGUAAGAUUCUUAACUUCUAUUGAAUGAAACCACCACAUACAGGUGUUGAACUAGAAAGUGUUGUGUUUGAUUGCCUAAAGCAAUGGGGUAUUGAUAAGAAAAUUUUCUCAAUUACCCUGGAUAAUGCUUCUGCCAAUAAUAAUUUUCAAGACAUUUUAAAAAGCCAUCUUUGUGUUCAUAGAAAUUUAUUAUGUGAUGGUGAGUUUUUCCAUGUACGAUGUUGUGCUCACACUCUUAAUUUGAUAGUUCAAGAUGGUUUAAAGGUGAUUGACAGAGCACUCCAUAGUAUUAGAGAGAGUAUUAAGUAUGUUAAAUCAUCAGAUGGAAGAACUCUCAAAUUCAAAGAAUGUAUUAGUGAUGUUGGCAUAAAUAUGAGUAUGGGUUUGAGAUUAGAUCUGACUACAAGAUGGAAUUCAACCUAUUUAAUGCUGGAAAGUGCAAUCAAAUAUAAGAAAGCUUUUGAAAUUCUCAAAGUGGUUGAUAGAAAUUAUAAAAAUUGUCCAUCUUUUGAGGAAUGGAAUGGGGGGAGAAAAUAUGUCAAUUCUUAGAACCAUUUUAUGAGAUUACAAACAUGAUGUCUGGUUCAUCUUAUCCCACUUCAAACUUGUAUUUUAUGCAAAUUUGGAAAAUUCAGCUUAUCAUUGAAGAGAAUUUGUUGAAUGAAGAUCUCACCUUAAAGGAUAUGGCUUGGAAUAUGAAAGAAAAGUUUCAAAAGUAUUGGAAGGAGUAUAGUAUUGGGUUAGCUUUUGGAGCUAUUCUUGACCCACGACUAAAAGUUGAUUUUAUAACAUAUUGUUAUAAAAAAUUGGAUCCUCUAACCUAUGCAGAGAAAACAAAGAAAGUGUUAGAGAAGUUCAAGAGGUUAUUUAAAGAAUAUGUAAAGAAUUUUUCUAUCCCUGGUGUUUCUCUUUCUCAAUCACCUACUGAAUCCAUCUUGAUGUCUCAAUCUUAUACUGAAGGGAAAAAGUUUAAGAGAUCAAGGAUUAUUUCGGAUUUUAAGAUGUAUCAAAAUGAAUCAAAAUCUAUUGUUGGAAAGAACGAGAUAGAUGUUUAUUUAGAUGAACCAACAAUAGAUGAUGAUGAAGACAGUGAAGAUUUUGAUGUGCUCAAAUAUUGGAAGACUAAUGAGAAAAAAUUUGCCAUAUUGUCUAUAAUGGCUCGAGAUGUAUUUAGUAUUCCCAUUACUACAGUGGCAUCAGAGUCAGCUUUUAGCAAAGGUGGGCGUGUACUUUCAAAAUAUAGAAGCUCCAUUUUUCCUGAGCAUGUGCAAAUGUUGAUUUGUACUCAAAAUUGGCUAUAUGGAUUUUCUGAAAAUCCUAGCGAUGAAAUUGUUGAAGAUAUUUUUGGUCAUAAGAGAAUUGAUGAGUCUAAUCUUUUAGAAGAUGUUGAAAGUCUUCAACAUUGAAUAAAGGAUGUUUCAUUUGACUUUGUCUCAGGUACUUCCCUUUCACUCAUUUCCUUUUCUCCAUGUUGUCACUGAUUUGGGCUUUCCAAAAAUCAAUGAGUCACUCUAUGAUUAACUACGUUUGAUUGUUUUUGAAGUGAGAAUGGUUUGGGAGGGUUUUGGUUCCUCCUGAAAUUCUCUUACUGUAAUGAUUUAUCUAUGCAAAUAUUUAUAUUUUAUGAUGCCCUCAUAAAAAUAUCCAAAGAAGUUGAAAAUGCAAAAGAAUAAAAUUGAAAGUUGGUAUAGGGGAAGAGAUUAAAUGCUCUAAGAUAUCCCUGCAUUUGGUGUAGGAUUCAACUUCUAUGGAUAAUGCAAAUAUUUAUAUUUUAUGACUGCUGGAAGUUCAUUUUAACCUAAUCUUGAUUUAAUAUUGCAUUAUUCUGAAGCUGGAGAUGGCUUUUAAAAGAGAGCUUGAAGAAGCCUCAAAAACUUCAAACAUCAAGUUUUGUUGCUUGUUGGUUUACCAUUUACUUGCAUGGAUGUGAAUAUUAUGUGGUGUUACAACGCACAUACUUCUUAAUGGGACUUUAUUGAUUGAGUUUCUAUUAGUUGUUUUCACUAAACUACAAUUCAUCUGUUAAUUUUUAAUAUUGCUAUGUUCUAACAGACAGUAUGUUUCAAAAUAUACCAACACAUUCUCGCACGGGUAGAAGAGCAAACUUAUUGGAUAACUUUUCGGUUUCUCAAUUUGGGAUUUGAACUGGAACUCUAUUUUGUUCAUGAUUAUUGCAUGGUAUACUGGUAUACUUAUGUUGUGUUGAUAAAGCUUGCGGAGAAGAAACAUCUCUAGAUGUCAAUGAGCAAUGACUCUGGUGUUGUCUUGUACUGAAUCUGACAAAUGGAACAUUGUUUAUUUUUAUCUUAGUAGUAAUUGAUGGAUGAAACAUGGUGAUGUUUUUCUCUUGGUACUAACUGGCUGCUCCCUGAUAUCCAUGUACCAAGAAAGGAUGCAUGAUUGAUUUGACUAGAUUUUUUAUUCUUUGUGUUAGCAAAAUGAUGAAAAUGAAGUUUUGAUGAUGUCCAAAUCAAGUCAAGAAGAAAUCAAGAUUCAAGAUGUUAUGAAGACUUGUAUUGUUAUGGAAAGCUUUUGUAAUACUCUUAGAAAUAUGUAUAGGAAAAAGAAAGUGUUUUGUAAAAUUACUGUAGCAAAAUACUAUAGCACAUUACUGUAGCAAUGUACUGUAGCAAUGUACUGUAGCAAAACACUGUAGCUAAUCGAUUAACAGAGGGUGUUAAUCGAUUAACGCUAAUCGAUUAACAGAGGGUGUUAAUCGAUUAACACAGUGACCGUUUGAAAAACUAGCCGUUUUUAGAGCCGUUGGACUAUCCGUUGGAGUGUUAAUCGAUUAACCACUGUAGCUAAUCGAUUAACACAGUAAGAAAGGCUGAAAACGAAAAAUGGAAGAGUCUUUGGAUGAGUCUAUAAAUAGACUCUCAUUUCCUCUCAGAAAGAAAACCAGAGACACAGAAACUCUUCCCUUGUGCUCAAAUACUCAGAAAUUCUUGAGACUUGUGUGUUCUUGUUCGGCUUGUGAAACUCGUGUCUGUGGAGCUGGUGAAGUGCUGCUACAGUGACAGAGGAAAUAGCCGGUUCAUCCUUGGUGUGUCUAAGGAGGUGUUCGGAAGAGAAUCAUCCUUCGUGAAGUAUUCGGAGGAGGUGUUCAUCCUUCGUGAAGUAUUCGGAGGAGGUGUUCAUCCUUUGUGAAGACUCAAAGGAGGUGUAGUUUCAUCUCUUGUGGUAUCAAGAGAGGUGGUUUCUAAACUCUUACAAAUUGUUUCUUUGUGAUUGUAAUUUGUAAUUGUUUUGUGAUUAGUGAAUUGUUUAUCUUGCUUUGAGAUAAACGACUGGACGUAGGAUUGGUAAGAUCCGAACCAGGAUAAAAUCAUCUGUGCAAAUUUCUCUCAACCUUACUCUCUUUAUUUGUCUUUAUUAAUUGCUUGGUAAGUUUAAUUGAGUAGAAAUUAAAAGGCACACGUUCGUAUUAAAAACCCUCUUGGUUUGUUAUUCCACGCUAACCAUUCCGCUGCAGCCGCUCCUGACAAUUGGUAUCAGAGCUUGCUUUGAUAGUCAUUCAAAUGGCAGGAUCACAUCAAACCUUUGCAGAGGGUGCUUCUAUCAAUAGACCACCACUAUUCACAGGUGAAAAUUACGCAUUCUGGAAGGUAAGAAUGCAAAUUUUUAUGGAAUCUAUUGAUAUAGAUAUUUGGGAUGCUGUUGCAUCUGGUCCUUUUGUUCCAAUUAACAAUAUGCAGGAACCAAAGCCCCGUGACCAAUGGACUGCUCAAGAUAAGAAAAAAAUUGGUAAUGAUGUAAAAGCUCGUAAUAUUAUUUCAUCUGCUUUAACUGUUGAUGAGUUUUACAGGAUUUCUAUUUGUAAAACUGCACAAGAAAUGUGGGAAGUACUUAAAGUAACCCAUGAAGGUACAGAUGAUGUUAAGAGAGCUAGAAAGAAUACCUUAAUCCAGGAAUACGAAAUGUUCAGGAUGAAGCAAGGGGAAACAAUAGUAGAUGUUCAAAAACGCUUCACCAACAUUGUCAAUCAUCUCAUUGGACUAGGUAAAUCUUUCGAUACUGAUGAGCUUAAUAUAAAAAUUCUGAAAUCUUUAGACAGGUCUUGGCAACCAAAAGUGACUGCAAUUUCUAAGUCACAAAAUCUGAACACCAUGACUAUGGCGGCACUUUUUGGAAAGUUGAGGGAACAUGAACUUGACCUCGGAAGACUAGAUGAAGAAGAAGCAAAAGCAAAAACUAAGAAAAAGAGUCUAGCCUUGAAAUCUGAGGUUGAAAGAAGCAAAGGUAAAUCGGAAGAUGAAGACUCAGACGAAGAAGAAGAAUUGAGACUCAUGAUAAAAAGGCUCAACAGGUUCAUGAAGUCUAAAGGCAAAGGAAAAUUUAGAUACGAAAAGAAAGAUAAUCCAGUAUCUUCCUCAAAUUACCGAUGCUAUGGUUGCGGAGAAAAGGGGCAUCUAAAAGCAGACUGCCCAAAUCAAAAGAAAGGUGAAGAAAAGAAAUUCUUCAAGAAAAAGAGAGCGUACAUCGCAUGGGAAGACGACAAUGAGACCAUUUCAGAUUCAAGCUACUCAGAUGAAGAAGCAAACAUCUGUUUAGUGGUAAAUGACGACGCUGGAAGCCAAGUAAGUACAUCUAGCGAUUCUGAUAAUUCUAGUCAAAUUAGUGAAAAUGAAUUGCAUGAAAUUUAUGCUGCUUUAAUAGUAGAAUCUGAAAAAUUAGAUAAAGCCCAUCAGAAAUUGAAAAAGGAUUUCAAAGAGUUAAAAUUGAAUUUUGAAAAUACUCUUGAAGAAAAUCAAAAUUUAAAAACAAAUUUUGAAACUAUUAUUGAUGAAAAUAAAACUUUGAAAAAUAGAGUUUUAUUUCUUGAAAAGGGUAAAUUUACUAGUAGUGAUGAAUGUGUUUCUUGUGAAAAUUUUAAGAAACUACUAGAACAAACAACCUCAGGAGAAUGUAGUAAAAAUAAUGAAAAUAAGGUUGUUAAAAAUAAGUAUGUUCCUAGAAUUAAAAAUAAGCAUAAUUAUAGAACCCGUAGAACUUGGGUAGAAAAAGGAACAACUUAUAGGAACACAAAUGUUGUAUCAUGCUUUUAUUGUAUGAAAAAGGGUCAUACAUCUAACAAAUGUAAAAUUAAGCAUUAUGGUGUUCCUAGUGGUAGAUAUAUUUGGGUUGUAAAAUGAUUUCAAAUUUUUAAAUUAACCCAAAGGACCCAUACAAAAUAGUUGGGUACCUAUUGUUUAAAAUUUAGAAUUUCCUUAAAACAAUAUUUAAGAAAAUAUUUAAAAAUUGUUUUUGUUCUAAAUAUUUGAAAAGAAGAAUUAAGAAAUUUUUAUUCCAAGGUAGAUGGAACUAUUUUUCAAACGGAAAACAUUUGAAAUAGAAGAAUGUGUGCAUGUUGUCUUUGAUGAAAUUGUAGACCUUGAGGCAAAACCUCUUGAGUCAUUUGAAUUACAUGCAGGUAAUGACGAAGAUUUUUAGAAGACAACAAAUGAAGCAAAGAAUGAUGACAAUCCUCAAGAUGAAGAUCUCAACAAUGUUUUAUAAGCUCUUUCUCCUAAAAAUAUUUGCUUUAAAUAUCCUAUUGUGCAUGUUUGAAUGAAUCUUUAAAAUUGAAAUAUUUUUACCUCAUAUGCAUACAUGCUUUUAUUAAGGGGGAGUAUUAUCUUAUGGGGAGAACAUCAAACACAACUUUUUAAUUAUGAUCAAAAAGGGGGAGAAAAUGUUUAAAGCUUAUUUGCCUAUUUGUGCUAUUUGUGCUCAUUCACUAAUGCACUCUUUCUUCCAUAAGUUGUGUUUUAAAUACAGAUUAUUACCAAAAGCUUUAAAUCAAGGAGUUUUUGAUCAUCAUCAAAAAGGGGGAGAUUGUUAGCAAAAUGAUGAAAAUGAAGUUUUGAUGAUGUCCAAAUCAAGUCAAGAAGAAAUCAAGAUUCAAGAUGUUAUGAAGACUUGUAUUGCUAUGGAAAGCUUUUGUAAUACUCUUAGAAAUAUGUAUAGGAAAAAGAAAGUGUUUUGUAAAUUACUGUAGCAAAAUACUGUAGCACAUUACUGUAGCAAUGUACUGUAGCAAAACACUGUAGCUAAUCGAUUAACAGAGGGUGUUAAUCGAUUAACGCUAAUCGAUUAACAGAGGGUGUUAAUCGAUUAACACAGUGACCGUUUGAAAAACUAGCCGUUUUUAGAGCCGUUGGACUAUCCGUUGGAGUGUUAAUCGAUUAACCACUGUAGCUAAUCGAUUAACACAGUAAGAAAGGCUGAAAACGAAAAAUGGAAGAGUCUUUGGAUGAGUCUAUAAAUAGACUCUCAUAUCCUCUCAAAAAGAAAACCAGAGACACAGAAACUCUUCCCUUGUGCUCAAAUACUCAGAAAUUCUUGAGACUUGUGUGUUCUUGUUCGGCUUGUGAAACUCGUGUCUGUGGAGCUGGUGAAGUGCUGCUACAGUGACAGAGGAAAUAGCCGGUUCAUCCUUGGUGUGUCUAAGGAGGUGUUCGGAAGAGAAUCAUCCUUCGUGAAGUAUUCGGAGGAGGUGUUCAUCCUUCGUGAAGUAUUCGGAGGAGGUGUUCAUCCUUUGUGAAGACUCAAAGGAGGUGUAGUUUCAUCUCUUGUGGUAUCAAGAGAGGUGGUUUCUAAACUCUUACAAAUUGUUUCUUUGUGAUUGUAAUUUGUAAUUGUUUUGUGAUUAGUGAAUUGUUUAUCUUGCUUUGAGAUAAACGACUGGACGUAGGAUUGGUAAGAUCCGAACCAGGAUAAAAUCAUCUGUGCAAAUUUCUCUCAACCUUACUCUCUUUAUUUGUCUUUAUUAAUUGCUUGGUAAGUUUAAUUGAGUAGAAAUUAAAAGGCACACGUUCGUAUUAAAAACCCUCUUGGUUUGUUAUUCCACGCUAACCAUUCCGCUGCAGC